CCAGGCUAAACAAUCUCACCAAAAAAUAUCGUAUUGAAAGAGCAAACAUGGGGAAAAGUGGAGGGAGCCCAUCGCUAUGGCAAUACUUCAACCAAGUCCACCAAAUUCUUGGUACAUAUAAAUCUAUAAAUUACAAAGAGCAGAUGGACGAGAGCGCAGAGCAUUGGGUCGUUGACGAUCCGGAUUCGUGGCCAGUAGAGUGCUUAUAUAUAGAGACUGAAGAGUUAGUUAUACCUCAGGUGCCCGAAAAUCAGCCCAUUUCUUCGUCAUCCACCGCACAGCUUCCAUCUUCGACAUACUCUACUUCGCCUUCAUCUCCAUCUUCCUCAAUGCCUCCAUCUACGGCUUCCGUAGAUAAAUCGCUAUCACCGGUAAUCUGGCAGGAUCAAGCUCAGCUAAAAAGAACAAAACAGACACCGACAUUUUGGAAGUUGUACAAAAGGACCAACAAAUAA